AACUCCUGUGUUUGUAAGUGCACAGUCACAUUCAAAGUCACAGAUGUGGAGUCACAGCUUUCUAGAUCGCCAAUAUAUUAUUUUUUUGCAAAACUGAGGCAUUCCCAAUAGUUACGCUGAGGUUAAAACUAAAGUUUAGGUUGCUUGUUUUUGAGCUCUUCCUCUCUACACCCCCCAAUUCAAAAAUGCAUGAAAAGCAAAUUUUAUAUGCGAAAAACUGUGAUCUUUUAUUUGUGCAAUAAUGAAGUACCUAGUUGAUUUACAAUGUAUUUUGUUGGUGUCUGAUAGAUACUAAAAAAUGGUGCUCCCAGUCUCUCCCAGAAGCCAUCUGAACAAUACAAAGAACCCAAUUUGUCAACCAUAGAGACAUCUUGGAGGAAUCAUUCCCUGAUGCCUUCAGAUGUGGUCCAGUGGAACUCCGGAAAUCGUCUGUUAGCGUCAAAAACACAGAUUUCGAGAGACACGUUUUUCUUAACUCACAAAAGUGACUGAUGCAGGUGUCUGAGCGGGGUGCUAAGGUUGAGCUGCUGCUAAUUACUCGACCAGAAGACUGAGUCAUGAUAGCAUCCUGCUUAUUGACGCCAUUGCAGGGCAGAUGCUGUCAUCCGACUGAAUCUGUGAGAGCAGGAGGGUAUGAACCAUCCAUUAAACCUAUAUUACACAGAUGUAAUAAUAAAUACUAUUUAACAUGGGUGGAGUGAGGUGUGAAAGUGUAUUUUAAAAUAAACACCUAAUUAUUUGAAAUGACAUCAGUCAAUGCCGAAUAGCAGGCUUUCUUAUUUUAGGUAACUGUCUGUGACCACAUUGACCAGCUGGGUCUGUUCAGCAUUUUAACUGAUUUCAGCCAAACUGGUAUUUGCUACCAAUCAGUUAAAUAUGAGCAGAAUUAUUUAAGAGCUCGUUGCAAGAUAACUUGUGUCUUGUAAGCAAUGUAAUGAAGGGGAAGAGCAUGUAACAUGGCAUGCAGAACUACAGCUGUGACUUACUUCAAAGUUUAAGAAUGAGAUGACACCUUUCUUAAAGAGGUCUUAACGGAAGCUUAAAGGAAUCAUUAAAAGCAAAGUUCUGCCUGCAGAGCAUUACAAUAAUUUUGAAGUAAAUGACUAUUGAAACAUUGGCAAUUUCAAAGUAAACAUCUCUUUUCAUCUUAGUCUAAGAAUGUAUGCCUGAGCGCAUGCUAAUAUGACUUAUCUCAGUUCUGUUCUGGUAGUAAUCUAUAAAUAGGUUUUGUUUUGAGAACUGAUGCGUUUCACUGAGUUUUACGCACGUAUAUGCAUGACUGUAAUGUGCGUGGUGGGCCAGUACUGAAUGCUUUGAAAUGUAUUGUCUCAAAAGUAAUCACGCCUGCAAAUGUUUUCAGAUGUUACUGGAUUAGACCUGGUACAGACACAUCGUUAGUAGUGCGUGUAUAUAUAUUUAAUUAAAAAAUGUGUGUGUGUAUUUCAGAUCUGCAUUUUUAAAUUCUGGUGUAAUCCUGGAUCUGCUGGGGGAAGGCUACACUAUGUGGCUGGUUUCUUCCAGGCUCAAAGUUUCUAAGACAGCAGUACACAAAAACAAGGUGAAACAGGAGACACUGGGAAUGACCAAAAACCAGCCGGGUAGAGGGCGGAAGAGACGUUCUGAUAGUAGAAAUGACAGUCGACAUCAGUUUCCCACGAAUCGUAGGAUGACCUCAAGUGAUCUUCAAAAGGAAUGGGGAACAUUAAGUGCAGGUGUGAAUUGCACUGCUAGGACAGUUCGUAUCAGGCUCCUAGAAGCAGGACUGAAGACCCAUAAAGCGAGGAAGAAGCCCUUCAUUAAUGAAAUAUGGAGAAGAACCAAGCUGCAGUUUUUAAAAAAAAAUAAAAAAUCGAGGAAUGAGUGAAAGAAAAAACUGCUGUGGUCUCUUUUACAGAGCUGUAUGUAAAGCAAAAAUUAAUUAUUUGUGGGAAAUGCUUUGUAGAAAACCAUUGGAGGCAGGAUUCUAAUCAUCUGAGAUAGGUUCCAAACCCCCCGCAACCCUGAAUAUAAGCAGUUUCAGAAGAUGGAUGGAUGGAUGGAUGGAACAAUGGCUAACCACUGAAAGAUGCUUUGUACAUGAGUACUCAGAUGCUACACCUAUAUACUUGUGUAACCUGACUAUUAUUUGAACACUAAGCGUUAGACUCGUUGUUUUCUAAAACAAAUAACUUUGAUGUAUCUUUAAUUUGAUUUUACAUUAUUGGUGUGAUUGUGUAUAAUUAACUAAAAGCUAAUGUUUUCAAAGCAAAAAGGGAUAGAUGUUAGAACAUAUCGCCCUUCGAUACACAACUAGAAAAUGCGUGUGUCUGUCAAUCCUACGUCUGGUGUGCUUAAAUUACAAUGAAGUUUAGGUUAACGAUUGUGGUACUUGUGCUUUUGUUGUCCAGCGCCCAGUUUGCGGAUGUGGUAAGAGGCUCAGAGUGAAACAGGAAGCUGUGAGGCUCAGCCUACAUCAUUUGCCUUCGAUCUGUUAAGAUGCUGCUAUAGACACCCCUGGGGAGAGUCUGUGGAAACUGCACUGAAGGUACUGAAAUUCUCUUCUAAAUCCCUUAAUACCUGUGGGACUUCAUGCAUUCAUAUAUUAACAUUUUAACUCUAGGGAGUUUCACAUUGCUCAUAAUAAAAAUGUAGGUAUAGCAACUACUUGUUAUGCUUUUAAGUGAAAAAAAUGAUUUACUAUGAACAUCUAUUUUCUAAGGCAAUACUAAUAUAAGGAAACGGGACAAAGCUAUUGCCAUUUUGAUGAAGAUUUGUAUUGUCAAGGGGACGUUUUGGAAACAGCAUUUCAUUUUUAUUUUGAUUUUAUUUGGGAGAAACAUUCUCACUACCAAUUAUCUGUAGGACACAAUGAUGUUAAAUACCUUAAAACAUUGUCAUCUCAAACUCAAGCAAAAUCUGUUGACCGUUUUAAUUUUAAUCAAAAUGUUGAUGUUUAGACUGUUUCCAUUUAUGUAACAUAAAAAGGAGGUCUUGAUGUACUUUAAAACCGCAGCUAAUGGAUUUCAGAGAUGUUGGCGAUACAUAUAAUUCAAAAUGAAUGAGCUAUGUUCUCAAAAAAAAAAUAUAUAUAUAUAUGUGUGUGUGUAUUAAAUAUGUAUCAAACCACUUUUUCUGUUAUUGCAUAAUACGUAAUUUUGAAACACAUUACAACCUAACUUCUGUAUUAUGUUCUUUUUAUUACAUUACACGUCCUGUUUAAGUUUGACUGCAACCUGUUUAAAACAAUCAUGACAGCUCUGUAAGUUUCGAUCAAGGGUGGUGUGGGUGGGAGUCCUUCUCUCUCACCAUCGCUCCUAAGCCCUAACUACAAUCUGCAGAAUUAUCGCACGUUAGGUUUCCUGAGAGAACUGUUUACAAGUCUUCUGGCAAUGGUAUUAAAUCAACCGAUGGGACUUUAAAAAUGCUGGAGUUUGUUUUUCCCCCCACAAAAAAGUUAAGGUUUUGGUUUUUAAAAAAUUAAUAUCCCCCCGCAAGCAUGAAGACAGAUGCUAGCUUGGGAGACGCAGUUGUGGCCAUCGCGUUGUUCACAUCAAUAGGAGCCAUACUUGUCGGCUGUCUCAGCUGCCGAAAGAAAGACAAAAUUGUACAGACAAAAAACUCCUUUUAUGAACAUCAGCAAUUUAACAAUGGGGGUCGGAGGAUAACGGUUACACAAUCCAAAAGAGUGACGCGCUUUAACAGGCUUUGCGAGUCUUCGCACGCAGAGAUAGGUUCUAAUGCGAAUGACCACCCCUCUGUGGGUACUGCUGAAAACCAGUCCAACUAUGAAAAUGUCUUAAUUGAUAAUGGUAUCUCUGAACCCGCAUAUGUGCGCCCCAUCGGAGAAGGGGAAUUAGCCGAAACAUCAGUGUACCUAAAUUCUUCAGAAACAGACCAAGAUAUCCCAGAUUAUGAAAAUGUAUUUAUAGACCCCACAGCAUGCCAACAGUCAGAAUACGCAAAUUACAACUUCGUAGAGGACGACGACGGUCUGUACCUCUAUGUAUAUUUGUUUUUAUUUUCCCCAGUGAAUCUUACAGUUGAUCAUAUAGCAUACAUGUACCUCAGAAUUCUCACUGAUAUGUGCACCUUUUGUUUCAGCCACAGAUGAAGCCGAUUACGUGAACGGUUAAUGAUCAGAGCAACGAAACACCAUCAGAAGAAGCCUGCAGAGAAACGCAGGAUAAUGCCGUUUCAAUUACAGCCUUAACAGACUCUGAAACCUUUCUUGAAUGUACUGCACAAUCCUCUUGGGAAAUAAUUGCCUGAUGCUGAACAUGUGGCCCGCUAGGAAGUUCUUUCAAUUUAUUUCCCCCCUCCAUAUAUCUGGUUAUUCACUAAGAGGCUUGCAUUUCUGCAAAGGUGAGCAUUAGCUACGCAUUAAGUACCCUGCUCUGACCACUAUAGCUACUUUCUUCCACUGAAUGUCACACGUGAAGUAAUUCAUGUUUUGUUACGCAUAUGAUUCAGAUUUAAGGCAAUUUUAGAAAGUCAGUGAUUCCACAAGUUGAAAGAGUACCAGAGGCAGUUUGUACAGCAAUUAAUAUACACAGCUUUAAACAUUAUUACAUAUUUUUGAAAUACAGAAUAUUUAUGCAUAUUUCUUGUAUUCUUAGUUGCUCAUUUAUAAAACGUGCCAAACAAUCCUGUAUGCUGGCAAUGAAAAACUUGAGCCGUGUAAAAUCCCCACAUCACGUACGGAUUUUUAUUACGAAACUACUAUCACAAACAUAAGCAUAGAAUAAAUGACCAUACUAUCAGGAAGUAUGGCCUAGGUUACUUUAAAUUUUAAGUGACCGAUUUGUGUUGCCUCUGCAUGUCCGUCCAUUUAUCAUGGUCCCGAUGAUCCGGCGAUGACGACGUCCCCUACUGUAGUGACAGCUCGGUGUUGGGUGACAGUAAGCGCACUUGAGUGGAGUAGGGCAGCGGCAGCCAAGGAGGUUAGGGUCUAACUGGCAUUGGGUGACGCUAUCUUGGCACAAAGUCGACCCAGGAGCCCUGCCAUCUGUAGCAAGGAGUUGACACCUUCUGCUACUUUCAUAUGAGUAUAGCCAAUCUCCUAAAGACAGAGGAACAUUCCGGCAGUUAAAGCCUGGCUACUGCAGUCCGAUGCACUGGCCUAUCGCACUUCUAUAGUCAUUAAUAUAAAAAUCUAAUAUUCAGAACGAAAUGAAUCUGGCAAGAUGCCAUCCUGAUGGACCAAUUGAUCCAAAGUUGAUCUCCUGGCAUCAGUUUACCUUGAUGAACUCCAGCUUCAGAUACUCUGGCAUCUGGAAUGUUUUACACACUCUGAAGAUGUUCCCAAUUAUAUCUUCGGGUGAAUAGCCAAGUGACCAGAGUUGCUCAAUGAUCUAAAAAGGGACACAAAAAAAAAUAAAUGAAAGGGUGAGCUAAAUCGCUUCAGAUUUGGCCAAAGCUGUCAUCUUCAGCAAAAUACCUUGUAGGCUUCAUCAAUGUCAGCGUUCACGCAAUGUUCCAGCAUGCUUUUCACAAGCAGAGGGUGGGGCUCAUCGCAGACCUGCCAAGGACCAAACUCACAGAAUGAGACACUAUGUUACUGGUAUGAAAUCCCAGUGGAAUUGGGCCCAGGGAGCAAUACCUUGAACACAUUCUCACUGCUGACAAAGCCGAAUCCAGAAUGCGUUGACUGCAAAUUAUUUAGUGCCUGUGAAAGACACAUACAUUGUUUAAUGAUAUUAUAACUUCAAGACUGAUUAUUGGAUAUAAUGAGUUUUUCUUUUUAAUAAAUAUCUGCAAACCUG